AUGACAUCUUUUUUGCCAACAAUUGCGAAACAAUUGGGAUAUUCUACGAUUGUAGUUGGUACAAUCUAUAGUAUUUUACCAAUUUUAAGUUUAAUAAUAAAACCCAUCGUUGGUGCAAUUGUGGACCAUUUCCGGGUUAAGAAAUUAAUAUUCUUAACUUUCAUAUUAUUAUCCGGCCUAACAGCAUUUUCACUGAUGUUUGUACCUUCAAUACCUUUGGACUCUUCAGUAGAACUGAAUUGCCAUUCCGCCACAUAUUUAAAUGUUUGUCCCGAGGAUAAUGUACCUUUGUCGAAGUGUUCCUCUAAACGAGUUAAAGAUGUUAAUGGCGGUAAAUUUGGUUGCGAUUUAAAAUGUGAGAACAGCGUUCAUUUUCGUAAUGAAAUGUGUUCAAAUUGGGGAUUUAAAGACUAUUGCCAAUUAUCAAAUUCGUCUAUUGUUAAUGCUAUCGAAUAUUAUGAACCAAACACUUCACAAAUAAUUAGACCAAGAUCAAAUAAAAAUUAUUAUAAUGAUGAUUAUGUUUACUUAUCUGCAACGUUAGAAAUGAACCAUUCUGUUAAUGUUGAUAAUUGUUUUUACUUCCGAAUAUCAUAUGCAAGUUUCUAUUUUAAUUAUUCUGAAGUAGUUAAUCACACACCAGUUUGUAAUAGUAGCUUGAGAUCACAAUGCCAAGUACAAUGUAACUCUGAAGUCAUAAUGGAUUUAAUAACCCCCCAAAAGUAUAAAGGAAGUGUCUUGGGAUUAAGUCAUUUCUGGAUAUUUUUUUUGUUAGUUAGUCUGUUUUGGGUUUGUCAAGCGAUUAUUUAUAGUCUUGGUGAUUCUAUUUGCUUUGAUCAAUUAGGUAACAAACCUAAUCUAUAUGGCAAACAAAGAUGCUGGGGUGCUAUUGGAUGGGGAAUUUUUUCAAUAUUUGCUGGAUGGCUCUUAGAUGUUUUUAGUUCCAGUGAAGUAAAUAAAAACUAUUUACCAAUAUACUAUUUAUGUUUACUGGUACUACUUGCCAACUUUUUUGUUGCAUCAAAACUUAAGGUGACGGAAACAAAAAUAUCAACUAAUAUACGUAAAGAUUUUGGAAAACUGUUAGUGGAAGUCAAGGUACUAGGAUUUCUUACUUGGGCAAUAGUAGUUGGAAUUUGCACUGGAAUGAUUUGGCAAUAUCUUUUUUGGUACAUUGAAGAUGUAGCUUCCAUAAAUGAGUGUAAUACUCAACGUUGGAUUAAAACACUGCAAGGCUUAGUAUCAGGAGUUCAAUGUUUUGGAGGUGAAGUUCCAUUCUUUUUCUGGUCAGGCUGGAUUAUGAAACGUUUGGGACACUUGAACUGCAUGUCUCUUGUUUUGGGAGUUUUUGCAUUUAGAUUUUUUGCUUAUUCAGUUCUUACAAAUCCAAUUUGGGUACUCGUUAUUGAGUUAACUAAUGGAAUUACUUUUGGAUUGGCAUAUGCUGUGCUCAUGUCUUAUGCUAGUAUACUUGCUCUACCCGGUAGCGAAAGUACUAUGAUAGGACUUGUUGGUGGAGUUUUUGAAGGCAUAGGUGUGUCUUUGGGUAGUCUAAUAGGUGGCUGCUUAUACGACAAAUAUGGUGGAGCUCAAACGUUCAGAUUAUUUGCAUAUGGUGCUGCAUUAAUGUGUGCAAUUCAUUUGUUAUGUCAAAAAGUUCUGAAAGCAAAUAGAAAAUUAGGCCUACCAAGUUUUAUUAGCGGCUCAACUGAAUACGCCAGUCCAAAUGAAGCUAUUCAUAUGCUGAUUGAUGAUUAA